GGAGCCGCGGCGCGCCCGCCCCCCGCGAAGAUGUGAAUUAUUAAAAAGAAAAAUGGCCCAACGGAACACUGUAUUUCCUUCUCUUGUCACCAAGGAAAGGUAUAAUAUAUGGAAAAUAUGCAUCUAAGGCGAGUUAGGACCAUGCCCCGGCACAGCCAGUCCCUGACCAUGGCACCCUACUCCUCAGUGAGCCUAGUAGAGCAGUUAGAGGACAGAAUCCUCUGUCACGAGAAAACGACCGCCGCCCUUGUGGAGCAUGCCUUCCGAAUUAAAGAUGACAUCGUCAACAGUUUGCAGAAGAUGCAAAACAAAGGGGGAGGCGACCGCUUGGCCAGGCUUUUCUUGGAGGAGCAUAUUAGAAACAUAACUGCCAUUGUGAAGCAACUUAAUCGGGAUAUCGAGGUACUUCAAGAGCAGAUCCGUGCCCGGGACAACAUCAGCUAUGGAACGAAUUCUGCCUUAAAGACUCUGGAGAUGCGUCAGCUCUCCGGUUUGGGAGAUCUUCGAGGGAGAGUGGCAAGAUGUGAUGCCAGCAUAGCCAGACUCUCUGCAGAACACAAAACGACCUAUGAGGGGCUCCAACACUUGAACAAAGAACAGCAAGCUGCCAAACUUAUCUUGGAAACGAAAAUCAAAGAUGCAGAGGGACAGAUUUCUCAGCUUUUGAACAGAGUAGACUUGUCAAUAUCAGAGCAAAGCACCAAACUGAAGAUGUCCCACAGAGACAGUAACCACCAGCUUCAGCUUUUGGAUACUAAAUUUAAAGGUACAAUUGAGGAACUCAGUAACCAGAUUUUAUCUGCACGAAAUUGGUUGCAACAGGAACAAGAACGGAUAGAAAAAGAACUUCUACAAAAAAUCGAUCAGCUUUCCUUGGUUGUUAAGGAAAACAGUGGAGCCAGUGAAAGGGACAUGGAGAAGAAGCUCAACCAGAUGUCAGCCAGACUUGACAAGAUAGAAGAGAGUCAAAAGAAGCAUAUGGAAGUGCAGAAAACAAAACAAGAAGAGGAGAAGGUGCACGGGCGAAUCAGCAAGCUGGAAUUACAGAUGAGUGAGGACAUGAAGGAAAUGAAAGCGGAAGUUGAUGCUGGAUUUACAGCCAUCUAUGAAAGCAUAGGAACUCUCAGGCAAGUUCUCGAAGCCAAGAUGAAGCUGGACAAGGAUCAGUUACAGAAGCAAAUCCAACAGAUGCAGAAGCCGGAAGCUCCCAUGUGAAGGGAGUUGGGACAAGGACCUCAAAGGCGGUUUUGUCAGUGGGGCUGGGAGCUAGACGCCUCUGUAGCCAAGCUGUUGUGGCAUUCAGGAUUGUUCUAGUCAUGGCGUGCAUGUGCCAAGAAAUGUGUUUUCAUGGGUCUAAAUGUUUACCUUCCGUCUUGAAAACACUCUAUCUUUAAAAGUAUUAAAUACAAUUUUUACCACUUUAUGCCACUUCUCUAAAUUUAAUGAGAUAUCCCCACCCCCAUAUUUGGAAAGGCUUUUAUCCCCUACAUUUUAUGAAGGAAAAUACUUAAUUUAACUUCAAUGCUUGAUGCUCUAGCCAAGACUUUACUAUUUUGAAAAAUGUCAUGGUAACUUUUUAAAUUAAGAAACUAACGAAUUGUCACAGAAAUUUGUUGCUCUUCACCCUAAAUUAAGAGAAUGUCCUGUUAGAUUAGAAUUCAGCCUUUGAGUCCAUAUUUGGAUUUUAUUAUUGUUGUCUCUGCAUUUCUUAUAUUGGUUAUCUUCUCGUAAAUCUCAUCUUUUGUAGGGAGAAGGGACUUAACAUUUGGGGAAAAAACACCAUUUUUAUAAUGAAAAUAGAUUAAAAAUUGAUAACUGCCAUAUAGAUUGCAAAUUGAAACGGAAACUUAAGACAAUUAUCUAGAUAAUACAAGGCACAAUAUUUACAGCAACCACCUAGUUAUACCAGGUUUUAAUAUUGAAAACUUUUUUCAAUUACCCACAGCCUGUGUAGUGAUAGCCAUAUACUUAAUAAUGAAAUGGUGGUUAAUAGUCUAUUAUACAGUUGUUCAUCAUAAUAGGAUGUGAGGGUUUUCAGGCUUUAUGAUCGCCUCUCUAAAUAUUUCCAAAAUUGGCACAAAGUGCUAAGGUUUAUAUAUACUUACUAUAUUCUUGUGCCUUGGUUUUAUCGCGUCAAUGCACUAUUCCCUAUAAAGUUUUGCAGACAAAAUAGAAGGCAUGAUAUGCAUCAGAAUUAUGAUGUAAAAAUGGGAUCCUAUGUAUUUUUUAAAUUCUAAAAAUUUUAUCACUGUUAAGACAUUAAUCAAUGAGUAUUAUUAACAAAAUAGAAAUUCACACUUUUGUAUGGACAGAGAAUCAAGUUGAUAUUGCAUUUAUAACACUGUCAAGUAACUUUCAUUUUGAGCAACUUUGUAGACGAUGGGUGUUUCAUUUUCAAUCGCCAUAUUUGAUUAGUCAUCGAAAAUUGGCACCAGUGCUGUUUGUUCACCUAUGUAUGUAAAACUGAUAGUGAGACACACAUUGUCGUAAACUGUGAGGGUGCCCAGGAGAAAGAAAACAGGAGUACUUUUAAAAACUUUUUUUUGUUUGUUUGCUGAGGACUCAGGAAAAUUAAAGCGUUUUCUAUUUUUGGGAUAAAUCAUAAAUGAAAUAUCUAACUGGCUAUUACUGUUUACCCAUAUAAAAUAUGCUGCUAAAGUACAUAAUAUUUUACCCUCAAUGACUUGACAAAAAAUUUUUUUUUUUAAAUUUGGACCUGAGAAGUCAUAUAAGGAAUAUGUCACCCAACACAUAUUUCCUUAUUUUGUCAUGAACCUUUGCAUCUCUAUAUAGGAAAACUAUUUCCACUUAACAACAACAACAACAACAAAAGGUUAAUGCUCUUUUGCAAUCAGAAAAUGAAUUUCUUUUUGUGAUAGAGUAACCAUGUUGUCAGUUCUCCACGUUUAAGCACAAGCCACAGCACAGAGAUCCAUGGCCCUUCCAGCAUGUCUCUCCUCUGGGGUCUCUGAAAAGGAAGAAUCAGCACAAGUGACACCUGGGAAGAGGAGAACAGAGGACACCAGCUGGAUUCAGGUAGAGGGCAUGACAUGAGCAGGUGACGCUUGGCUGUCCGCUGAGUUGCUCAGGUGCUUCCAAUGCUGCCAACUCCAUGUUUCAAGCCCCAGCAUGGGGUCUCCACCAUGGCUACAUGUUGCAAUCACGUGGGGAGUUCAAAAGCUACUGGUGCCUUGGCCGCCCCCAAAUUAAGUCAGAACCUCUGGAUGCAGGCAUCAGUAUGUAUCAAAGGCCCCCGAGUGAUUCAUAUGCUGGGGAAGUUGUGAGCCACCAAGCUACACCGUACUCUUAUCACCAAAGUUUAAAUGAGAAUCAGCUUCCGUGUUCUUUCCUUUACCAGAAAUUUGCAAUAAAAAGAAUAAAACUUCCAAA